AAGAAUUUGACAUAAUUUUUUUAACUGCAGAAGUGACAAGUGGUAAGAAUUGCGAAAGAUUCUGCUGAGUAAUAAAUUAAUAUAAAGCAACAAAAUCAGGAAAAAACAAAAUGUUCGUAGUACGUCGUAGCGCAGCGCGCCUUUACCCCAAUGGAAUGCAAUUAGCCAAGAUGAGCAAUAGCCAACUUGGUGAUUUGGGCAGCGGUGCUGGCAAAGGGGGCGGUGGCGGUGGUUCGAUUCGCGAAGCUGGUGGUGCUUUCGGGAAAAUGGAAGCAGCGCGYGAAGAAGAAUACUUCUACAAGAAGCAAAAGGAACAACUCGAACGUUUGAAGAACGAUCAAAUCCACCAAGCUGAAUUCCAUGCUCAACAAAUCAAGGAACACGAAGAAGCCAUCCAGCGCCACAAGGCCUUCCUCGAGAAUAUUAAGAAGUAAACACAAAAAGCUAGAAGCUGUAACAUCACUAAACGGCUCGAAAGUCGAYAUCGGGACAAAAGCAGCCGCAGCAAA